AUGGGGAACCGGGCUGAGCUCACCCCCGGGGAGCAGGGGGGGCUGUGCUGGGAGCUGUGGGUCUGCGGCAUGAGGGGGCUCCAGUGGCCAUGCCCCCUCCCCAGCCACGGAGGACGCCUGCGGCUGCAGCCAGAGAAACCCCUGCAGCGGUGGGCAAGGGCCGAAUGGAGAGUGAGCCUGGAUGCAGGAUCCCGGCACCGGAUCCUGACGGCUGAGAAGAAUAACACUGAUGUCACAUUGUCCGGGAGUCCUUUUCAUGGGAGAGUGGAUUUCCAGCAGGACACCCUGUCCCUGCGGAUCAGCCCUGUUAGCACGGCAGACAGCGGGGUCUAUCGGGCAGAUUUUGAGGACACAUCAGGCCAUGUUACCAACCUGUGCUUCCGUGUGUCGGUGUGGGAGCCUGUCCGCCAGCCGCGCCUGGAGGCACGCGUCCUGCACUGGGAGCAGAGCUGGUGCAACCUCUCGCUGGACUGCACCAUGCCCAGUGCCAGCAGCAUCUCCUACACCUGGUCCUGCCCUGGGCAUCCCCUGGGAGCCCUGGAGCACCAGCCCUGGCUGCACCUGCGGGUCCGUGGGGACGCCGACCCCACCGUCUGCCAGUGCAACGUGAGCAACCCGGUGAGCUGGAGCACGGCCAGUACCAACGUUUCGGCAGCCUGCGGCCCUGUGCCCUCAGGGCUUUUCGACAUUGUUCCAUGGUGGGCAGUGGCCGUGUCCCUGGUGCUGGCACUGGCCACCGCCGUAGCCAUCGUUGUCACCUGCUACUGGUGGAGAAAGCGAAGAAAGGUCUCCUCAGAAGGACCCGACGGGCAGAUGCUGACCGUCUACGAGGAGGUGGGCAAAGCCCGAACCAGCCAAAACUGCAAUGGGACCAGUGGGGCCAUCGUAGAAGGAAACACCAUCUACGCUGUCAUCAGCAACAAAACACAGCAGGGACCCGUCUGCCCUCAGGAACCUGAAAGCCGCACCAUCUACUCUACAAUUCAGCCCACCAGGAAGUCUCCUUCUCUCAGGAGGAAGAGGCUGGACCCAGCUUUGGUUUCCACUGCCUAUGUAGAGGUAACAGGCACCGGACCGGUGGGGAGAUGA